CCCCCCCCACCCCGAAAAGUUGAUCGAGUAAACUAUCUAUAGUCACAUUUUUUUUUUUAUUGUUGAAACAUAAGCCAUGGUCGGGGAGACAGAGGUGAAGGAGAGACCCAAGUCCAACCCGGACUAUUUGAUGCAGCUGAUGAAUGACAGGAAGGUGAUGAGCUCCCUGCCCAACUUCAGCGGCAUCUUCACGCAUCUGGAGCGGCUGCUGGAUGAAGAGAUUGGCCGGGUACGCAAAGACAUGUACAACGACACGGUGAACGGCGGCAUGUUCAACGGGCGGGACAUGGAGGAGCUUCCCGAAGCCAUUGGCCCUGUGGCUCAGCUGCAGGAGAAGCUCUACGUGCCGGUCAAAGAGUACCCAGACUUUAACUUUGUAGGGAGGAUCCUGGGCCCACGUGGGCUGACAGCCAAACAACUGGAGGCAGAGACCGGCUGCAAGAUUAUGGUGCGAGGAAAGGGCUCCAUGAGAGACAAGAAGAAGGAGGAGAUGAACCGAGGGAAGCCCAACUGGGAACACCUCAGCGAGGACCUCCACGUCCUGAUCACAGUGGAGGACACACACAACCGGGCCAAGAUCAAGCUUCAGCGGGCCAUCAACGAGGUCAAGAAACUCCUGGUGCCUGCUGCUGAGGGGGAGGACAACCUGAAGAAAAUGCAGUUGAUGGAACUGGCCAUUCUCAAUGGGACCUACAGAGACGCCAAUGUCAAGACGCCCACUGCUGGCUUCCCUCUAGCGACCCCUCAGGCGCCUCGGAUCAUCACAGGCCCGACGCCCGUCCUGCCUCCCGCCCUGCGAAACCCCGCGCCCGUCAACACGCCGACCCUCAUGCCUCUGAUUCGCCAGAUCCAGAGCUCAGCCCUCAUGCCAGGAGGAAACCCCCACCCAGCGCUUGUGCAGCAAGGGCCCGAGUCUGGGAUCAUCUACACGCCCUACGAGUACCCCUACACACUCACGCCUUCAAUAUUGGAAUACCCGAUUGACUCAACUGGAGUAUUAGUCCCCUCUUCCUGUGUUUUUGCAGGUGCCAUGACCACUAAGGUACGACGCCACGACAAGAGAAUCCAUCCUUACCAAAGGGUAGUGACCCCAGACAGAGCUGCCACGGCAACUAACCCAUGACCCCUUGACCUUCUGACCUUUCCGCCCACUGAUGACCCACCCAUCUCUGCCCCGCUGGCGUGCUCAUUGGCCCACGGCCCCGCCUCUUCCCCGCAGCUCAGCCAACCAGACCAGCACAUUGGGAACAACCCCCGGCUGCUUCUGUCUAACCAGCCAACCAGACGACAGCGAUCAUGGGAAUAAACCUCAGGACCCCGCCCACCACCGAGUCCUAACCUUAACUCUACCAAACGUGCCUUCCUUUUAGAAGUUCAAAGCCAGUCUGAGAAUGUUUUGAAACCAUUUUGGUCUUCUGUAGUUGCCAUUUGUUACCAGUUAAUGUUACUGGGGAUGGACUCCACACUGGUGAAGGGCUUAAACCAUCCCGGACUGUGCCAGACUGUCUCCCUGAGCUGCCCUGCCCUCAGUCUAUGAUGCAAUAAUAAUGACUCUAUUAAUGCUAUUCUUAUAAUGAUGGUAACUGUUACUUAUCCAGCACACAAACCCUCCAUAAACACUAAACUUUAUAUAGAGAUAUAACAGGGUUUAAAGCAUUUUUCCACAUUGGGCACCUCUUACUUUCCCACACACUUUAAAAAGAUGUGAUCGCAAACAACAAAUGUCAUUAUAACCGUUUUAAUUGGUGUUCAAAUAUUAAUAUAUUAACGCGCUUCUCCUUGAAAACGCAACACGUGGUUUGAAAUGACUUGUUUAAAAUGUCGCUUUUCUUUAUGAACAAGCAGAGCCGUUUCCAUUUUUACUUUGACACGUUCGAACAAAGAGAAAAACAUGCCAGCGCGAGAACCUUUCGUUCACGGUAAAGCAAGAGGCGCUCAGUGAGGAAAUAUGGCAAAAGCGUAACCUGAAAUCCCAAAGUAUCCUUUUUUUAAUUUAAUAUUAAGAAAAGCAUCCCCAAACUUUUAUAGGAUAAAUGCCAAGUCAGCGUACUAAACAUGCAAACCCACACAGAGGGAAGGUUGCACUUGGCCCGUCUGAAUGCAGCGGGCUUACAUAAUGAUGCCUUUGCCUUUUUUUCACACUACAGUAUUGUACGAGCUUGAACAGCAGUGCCUUUAUUUACUGAGAACAAUCGGACAAUGUCACACCUAAAUCUCUUACCACAGCGUCAAAGUAUAUCAUUUGGGUUCAAUGCGGAUGAAUUAAGGCGGCAGAGAGCGCACCACAGCCUCAUUAUCAUCAUCGAUAUCUCUUCUCACUACUUACUUUGGUGCAUUAAACAACUGAACUGAAAUGCAGUAUUAAAGCAGCAGCUACGAGUCUGAGAUGUUUAUGUGAGGUUUUGAAUACCUCAAGAGAACAGUGUUUUACUUUAUCGUUUGUUUGUGUUGUUGGAGAUGAAGUCGUCCACAAAUAUAUAUAUUUUUUUUUGCAUGUGUAUCCGCUUUUUCAGAGGGUACAGUUUUACACACACACGCACACACAAAAAAAAAACCAACCGAUGCCUUGACGUAAUAAAAAAAGAAAACAAAAUCUUGGAGCGUAACAUCUGUAACAAGUUUAUGAUGUAUUUUUAUAUUCUAUUUUGUACAUGAAAAUAACAUUAAACAACCUUUUCAGAUAAGAGGAUUAUGCCUUAUUAUGGAGAAUAAUCUGAUGAGUUGAACUAUCAUUCAUGUGUCAGAAGUAAUCAUGGUCCUGCUAUUCUGGAGUUUUCUCUAUUAACUUGAGCCUUCUGAAAUCAGCAUCGCUUGCCCUCUGUGCCUUUUUGUAUACUCCGAGUGUGACAAUUAACAGUGUAGUACAACAUUAAUCUACUCUUCUUCAGUGCCAAGUGUAGGUUACUAACUGUUACCACUUCUAUGAUUAUUAACCUCUUUAAUGGUUUCUGUGUCCGCUUUGGAUUCCUUUAAAAAAACAAAACAAAAAAAAAAACGUGUGUCUAAAAAAAAAAAAAAAA